AGAAAUCCUGACUGUCAUAGAUGGUUGUGUGCAGCAUGGUGCAAUAGAUAAAAAUUAUUAUCCUUGUGAUAUUGCACCUUGGGUUGUAAAGACUAAAUCUCCUCACAAGCUAGCUUACGAAGUUAUUGGCUUGCAAGCUGGCUCAUGUAGAGCCUUA